AUGAUCGGUCGGAGGAGCAGCCCCAGGGGCGACAGUGUGUGUGUUGCUGAUGGUGACUGCAGUAUCAGCAGUGUGAUGAAGACUGACUCCUUCUGCAUGCACCAGUCAUUCCCCUCCGCAUGGACGCAUCAGGUGGGCCAGACUGCUGUCACACGUGAUUCUCAUGUCGGUUCUUCAGUGGCGAUGAGGAAUCUUCAGAUCUCUGAUCUGCAUUGCUUCCACCCCGUGUCUCCGUCAUCAACUCGGUCUCCAGUGUUGGAGAGCUCUCUGCUCAGACAGCUCAUGUGUACUGCUCCAGAGAAGAGAGGCACAGCUCUCACCAUCAACCCUAAUAAAGCUGUCCUGUCCAUUAACUGCACCACAUUACAGGUUGUGGAUGCAAAUGAACAUGCUUGUAAGCUGUUUGAGUGUGCAUACAGUGAUUUGAUUGGCCGGAAGCUCACCUCUCUCCUAAAAGCCAGUCAGAUGCUAGAGGAAGGGCUGAAGGAGGAGACACUGGAUUCUGAUGGGAACCUGGUUGCUAUUUCUGCCAAAGUGGUGAGCACAGUGAGUUUGACAGGAGCUGAGUUUCCUGUGUCUGUGUGGCUUCAGACACCGGAGCAGCGGCAGCAGAUCUUAGAGCUCCUGCUAGAGCGAGUGGAGAGAAUCACAGCACACGUGACGUUCACUCAAAAUGGUGGAAUCCUCAGUUGUGACUCCACUUUUGCCCAUCUCUAUGGUUACCACGCUGCUGAGGAGAUGACUGGCCUGUCGAUCAUGUCUCUGAUGCCAUCACUACAGAUCCCCUUCCAUUGCAGGACAACUCCCAAGGUGUUGCGUGUUCAGAGAUUGUGUGUGCAGGCUAGGUCUGGUUUGGUGCUGCCAGCAUGUGUCCGUCUGCAGGCUGCUGUGUCCUGUGGAAGAUCACCGCUGCAGAUUAAUGGAUCAGCACAUCCAGAACCUUCUGAUGGCUCACUCGUAAGCUCUAGACAGACCAACCGAACUCUUUCAGGUGGUAAAUCAGGUGCGGGUGGUGUCCCGUCCCCCAGCGCAGGUGUGCUGUACUCUGGGUCAGUGUGUGUGUUUGCUCCCAGUAGCUGCCUCCUGACGCUCCUGCCCAACGGCACCAUUCACAGUCUCAUCAACCCCUUCAGCUCUCUGCUGCUCGGAUAUAACAGCAGUCAGCUGCUCGGGAAGAAUGUCACAUACCUGAUACCAGCGUUUUAUGAGCGAGUUCGUGCUGCGGACCAAAGCAACCACCCUACAUCUCAUCCACACGACACUUCCAGCCCAUCUGACAGCUGCAGAGACCCCUGUAGAUGUUCUGCUAGUGCUAACUGUCCCCCUGCUGAUGUUCUAACCGUCUUUACUGACAUGCUCUCAACUAAGGAAGAUCAACAGGAGACAUGUAAUCCAAACACAGUGCUUGCUGGUGACAGUGUGAUGGUGCAUCUAGCCAUGCGUAGGAGAGCAGGGAAGAGGAUCUUCACUGGGACAAGCGCUAAACUGGAGAAAGAGAGCAGCGUCCCAUCAACAAUGAUCUCACCUGCUGUCACCUCUAUACCACUGAAUGGUUUAAGAGCAGUUCGUUCAGAUGCCUUGCGCUCCUCUGUGGACCUGGAGCAGUUCGGCGCAUGUGAGGGUCAGUUUGAAGAAGACUACUGUCCACUGCGCUCCAUUGGAAAGGGAGCCUUCGGCUUUGUCUGGCUCGCUGCAAGACGGAUAGAUGGACAGGAGGUGAUUGUGAAGUUCAUUAGGAAAAGUGCAGUGGUGAGUGAAUGCUGGGUGGAUGAUCCUGAUCUGGGUCGGGUCAGUCAAGAAGUGGCCAUACUGGCUCGCCUGCAACAUCCCAAUAUUGUGAAGGUGCUGGAGGUGUUUGAGAAUGAGGGAUUCUUCCAAAUGGUCAUGGAGAAGCAUGGGGAUGGGCUAGACCUGUUUGAGUUUAUCGACAUGCAGCCAAGACUGGAUGAGCCUCUAGCGAGCUACAUCUUCAGACAGUUGGUAGCCGCAGUGAGUUACCUGUGUGGCAAAAGAGUGCUCCACAGGGACAUAAAGGAUGAAAAUAUCAUCAUAAACUGUAAAUUCCACAUCCGGCUGAUCGACUUUGGCUCUGCUGCCCUGCCAGAACCCGGAAAGCUCUUCUAUACCUUCUGUGGCACUCUGGAAUACUGCUCACCAGAGGUGCUUCAGGGAAACCCAUACGAGGGUCCAGAGCUGGAGAUGUGGUCUCUAGGAGUGCUCUUAUACACCUUACUCUUCAGUGAAAACCCGUUUUGCAGUGUGGAGGAAACCCUGCAGGCCCGACUCAACCCUCCAUGCCAGAUAUCUACAGAGUUGUAUGCACUGUUGGCUGGUCUUUUGCUUGAUCAAAGAAUGACUCUAGAGGAGCUCUUGGAGUCGCAGUGGAUUCAGCAACCCAUAAAUCUAGCAGAGUACUCGUGGGCAGAGGUCUUUCCCUCUAGCAAUGCUUUGCACCGGGCAGAUAUCCUCUACCUGGACCCCGAAAACAAUCGGAGCACUUCAGAGGACACCCCUUUAGAAGAUGAAGAUGAUGAGGAGGAUGAGAAACCGAGGAGAACAAUGGUGGCGCUGCAGUCCGAGCUGCUGAAAUAUCUUACCGAUGAGUGAGGAGCUGUUGUGAAAGAAACACUAAUGCGUUCUGCUCAACCAAUUAUGACAUUACAUCUAAUGUCACCAUGAACACUAAUGCACAAUCUCUGCAGAACUCUCCGUCCAGCUGCCGCUGUCCUCCUUGAUGAUACCAGUCCGUCCAAAGAGCAAAAGAAAAGUGUGACUGGGAAUGGAA